AUGGGGUUCGACCAGGAUGAUAAAGCGGGUCGUGAUCAUGCGAUCAUUGAUCACUUAUGUAGUGCCUUCACCUCUAAUGUGAGUUUUGCUCCCUCGAUGGAGUGUAUCCCCUUCAAUAUACUCCCAAUUGAGCUCGCUGAUCAGCUGGAGGUUGAGGUGACUAUGGAGGAGCUUAAAUCUGCAGUAUUCUCCCUGGAAGGGGACAAAGCGUGGGGACCAGAUGAUUUGGACAAUUUGGCUGAAAAAUAUUCUCCAAGUGAUCAUGAUCAUUUCAGGGCCUCAAUCUGCCUUUAUUCAGAAUAUGUCAUUACGGAUAGUGUCUUAGUAGCUCAAGAAUACAUUCAUUCGAGAGUGGUGAGUGAAGAACCAGGUGUGGUCAUUAAGUUGGACAUAGAAAAGGCUUAUGGUAGAGUUGAGUGGAGUAUUUUGUUAGAGAUUAUGAAGAUGAUGGGGUUUGGUUCGAAAUGGAGAAACUGGAUCUUUGGAUGUGUGUCCUCUGCUUAG